AUGAAUCUAAGUGGACAAGAAAUUACCAUUGAAAUUUUAGAACAAUUAUUACACUUGAAAACUGGAGAAGCUCCUUCCAAACACAAGAAAAAACAUCCAUCUCUCAAAAAGAAGGAACAAUUAUUUGUGAAGUAUACUUCCAAUCAUUCAUCAGUCGUUGUUUCAAAAACAAGACCUCUUAUCAAACGAUUGAUCAUGAGAGAUUGUAAAAUUUCUGGACAAGUUCUCACAUGGCUCAUUCACCAAAGUGAUACUCUUUAUGAAUCUUUGGAUCUGGUUGGUUGUGUGAAAUGCAGUGAAUGUGAUUCUGGAUUUUUAGAUGCAUUGUGUGUCAU